ACUAAGUUGGGAAAGAAUUGAAGGAAGUCUAGUGGCCAUUUGGACAAACAACUCAGACCACUGGGAUCAGUGUUGGCUAAAUGCGUAGCAGUACUGUAUAUGGCUGACAGACAAAGGACAUCAGAAUGAUAUGAAUAUUUGAAGAAAGAGUUAGAUAGAUUUGAUCUAGAACUGACAACUGGGAACAUAUACGUGGUUUAGAAAUAUAGCUUUGUUUCUCCAGAUGGAUUUGGGCUGUGAUGUGGAUAUAUAUGGACAAAAGGUGGAAGUAUACAUGUUUAAAAGUUGGAUCUAUGUGGUCUGCUGGUAGAUCUUAGCUCAUCAAAAGUGUCAGAUGAGGAAAACUCUGACUGGUCCAGAGCAGUGAGCCGGAGGUGUUUACUUCUUUCUUUCACAAUGGGAUCAUCCACAUUUGGAAAGGCAGCAUCUCUUGAUGCUCUCUUACAGGAAUGCAUUCAAGCAUUUGAUGACCACGGGGAGCUGCAAGCCAACCUGCUUCCUCGCAGCCUUCUGCUGAUGCAUCGCUGGUAUGUUACAUCCUCAGAACUGGCAAGAAAACUACUCAUGAUAUACCGUGACUGCAAAGGUGACAACUGCCAGAGAACCAGGCUGAAGAUUUGUUAUUUUAUGAGAUACUGGAUAGUGACAUUCCCUGCAGAGUUCAACUUGGACUUGGGACUGAUCCAGAUAACAGAAGAGUUCAGAGAUGUAGCGGUCAAGCUAAGCUGUGAGGAGCAUUACAAACUCCUCGACAUCUCCACCAUUCCGUCAUAUGACUGGAUGCGUAAGUUGACCCAGCGGAAGAAGCAGGCUAAGAGAAGCAAGGCCUCACUGCUGUUUGACCACCUGGAGCCCAUGGAGCUGGCUGAGCAUCUCACCUUCCUGGAAUUCAAGUCUAUCCGGAGAAUAUCGUUCACUGAUUACCAAAGAUAUGUGAUCCAUGGCUGCCUGGUGGACAACCCGACUCUGGAGCGCUCCAUUGCUCUGUUCAAUGGAGUCUCACAGUGGGUCCAGCUCAUGGUGCUAAGCAAGCUAACACCUCAGACCCGUGCAGAGGUUAUUACAAAAUACAUCCACGUGUCACAGAAACUUCUGCAGCUGCAAAACUUCAACACUCUGAUGGCAGUGGUGGGGGGACUGAGCCACAGUUCCAUUUCUAGACUAAAGGAGACUCAUCUUUAUCUGGCUCCAGAAGUCAUGAAGAUCUGGAGUGAGAUGACAGAGCUGGUCUCUUCCAACAACAACUACUCUUGCUACCGAAAGGCGUUCAAUGAAUGCCAGGGCUUUAAAAUCCCCAUUCUGGGUGUGCACCUCAAGGACCUGAUCGCAGUGCAUGUAGUCUUUCCUGACUGGGUUGAUGACAGUAAUAAGGUGAACCUGGUGAAGAUGCACCAGCUCUACAUGACCUUCAAUGAGUUGGUGUCGUUGCAGAGUGCAGUGGCCCAAGUGGAGCCCAACAUGGACCUCAUCUACCUGUUAACGCUUUCUUUAGAUCUUUAUUACACAGAAGAUGAGAUUUAUGAGCUGUCAUUGCUAAGGGAACCACGUAAUCCCAAAUCAUUGUCUACCUCUCCAACGACUCCCAACAAGCUCCUUGCACCACUGGACUGGGCCUCCGGUGUCACCACUAAACCAGACCCCUCUGUGGUCAAUAAACACAUCAGGAAGGUAGUGGAUUCUGUGUUCAGGAAUUAUGACCAUGACCAUGAUGGCUAUAUUUCUCAAGAGGACUUUGAAAGCAUCACUGCUAACUUUCCCUUGCUGGACUCCUUCUGCGUUUUGGACCAAGAUCAAGAUGGUUUGAUCAGUAAGGAUGAGAUGAUAGUGUAUUUCCAUCGGGCUAACCCACUCCUCCAGUGUAAGAUGGGUCCAGGUUUCAUCCACAACUUCCAGGAGAUGACAUACCUAAAGCCCACCUUCUGUGAACAUUGUGCUGGAUUUCUUUGGGGAAUCAUCAAACAGGGCUACAAGUGCAAAGACUGUGGAGUUAACUGUCAUAAACAAUGUCGGGAGCUUCUGGUUCUGGCCUGUAGGAAACUGAACUGCUCAAUCUCUCUGGGCAAUGUUUCUUCAGCCAGGAUGACCCACAGCUCAUUGCCAGGCAGCCCGGCACUGCCCACCUGUAAAGAUGAGGAUGAAGUGUUUGAGUUCCCAGGUGUCACAUCAGCAGGCCCAGCUCUCCAGCUGGACACCCCAUCCAUAGAGUCCAUCACCCUUAUGACUGGCUCAGCCCAGAGGAUCUCUGUGUGCCUGCAAAGGGCCACAACCAGCAAGUCCACCCAGACCAAACCCCUUUGGCCAGAACACAGGUGGGGUGCCACAGAUGGCGGCCCCCACACCUUCCCAAAAAUGAAAUACAGGACUCACAGAAAAACAUCCAAAAAUAAAGGUUUUGCCCACUGGGAAAACCAGAACGACAAGCAGCAGAAGGCAGUGUCCUCACGGUACACCAGGGACUCUCAGGAGAAGUCAGACGUCUCAGGAGAAUUUGUGCAGAACGGGAUUACACACCAAGGGGAGGACAGCUGACUUGGUCACGGUGGUAACGGUCAGUACCAGGAGUCCACAAAGGCCCUAGUGGCUGGAACCAGGAAGCUCCUCUGUCUGGGGGAUGUGCUGGGCUGCCUGAGGACUCCUUUCAGUGAGCUGGAGUUAUGAUGUCCUCUUCAGACUUAAGCACAGGCAGAGAGACACUGCGUAGCUGAAUGAAAGGACAUACUGUUUGAAUGGAGCUCAGUGGAUAAUAGACAAACAUCACCUCCAUCCAUACCCUUCAGUGCAGUGUAAUCAUCUAGGGAUCAGUGACGUCUUGUGGCCUAAUUUUUGAUCCAGGGUAUAAUAUAAUAAGUGAGAUAUUUUUAAACUUCACUAGUGUAGAAUGCAUUAAUUUUCAUGGACCACUGCUGGCCAGUUACUUGCAAAAACUGAAAUAUAGCUGGAGUUGUUGGAAUUGUUGGAAUGGUCAGACAGACAUAGUGUAUGCAGAUAUUUGUAUGUAGAGUCGUAAAAAAUGGGAAAAUGUAAGUUAAUGUUAACGGCAUCCAACCAGAGUGUAUACAGAACAUUGAUGAUGUACGAUCCUGCAUAACCCUGGAAUAUGUUAAAUUAUGAUUUAAACUGUUGUUUCGUUUUUCUAAUUAUUUAGCGACAUGUCGAUCCACCACCACAACCCCCUCUCUUACUACAUAAAAGACUCUACGUUAAUGGCAGCAUUACUUAGGCCCAGAGCAUCUGUAUGAAGUGAACGUUAACAUCUCGUUGGAAAGUCAAACAAACAAUCACAUAUUAAUGACAUGAAAUGAAAUGUUCGCUGUGGAAAAAUUACUAUUAUGAAACAAGAUUUAAAAAAAUAAAUUAUAUCAAUAAAAAUAUUUUUUUCCAUACGAAACAUUAACCAGAACAAGAGACAGAAAAAAAACCCAUUUAAAACAUUUCAUCAUUCCAUCCAUCUACCCAUCACUGUCAGGCGAAUCUGACAUUAAGUGUGACAGCAGAUGAGUCUCACAUGAAGAGACAAGAGGUGGGCAAUGUCAGCAUGGUUGUAAAAACAAACAACAAAAAAAAAACCUAAAAUGUCUGUAAUGUAGUGAAAAAUGCCCCAAAGUGACACCCUCAAAUGUUUUUUUUGUUUGUUUUUUUCUGACCAACAGUGAUAGAUAACAUAUCAUAGAUUUUUCCCAAAAUGUUUGCAUAAAUGGCAGGUUCAUUCUCUACCCACAGGCAUUCAUUCCAUAGUGUCAUACCUUAAAGGAACCUAACUAAAGACCACUUCCUAAACACAACCUCCGAAGAUAUGGAAAGUACUGAUUCUAUUGGAAAGAAUGGGUGUUGUAUUGCAGUACCCACAGUUGACUUCCAUACAAAGGUGACAUUGCCCCACUUGGCUGUGUUCUAUUUGGUGACUAGUGCGUUUCAAGUUAUGUAGCAUGGAUGGAGAAACUGGAUUCACAUGUUUGAGUGCCAAAUUUCCAUCAAGUUUAAGUCUCCUGUGUGCGUUUUCAUGCACCGUUGUAAUUUUAUAUGAAAGCUCAACAGCGAAUGCACAACUUUUGUCUAUCUGUUAAACAUCUAGCAAAAGAUUUAUUUUAGUUGGGUGAAAUAAAAAGACUGUUUCAUUGUAUUAAGAUAACUUUAUAAAAAAUUCAAAAUUAACAAGUACCUUUGGAAGAAAAUGCAAAAAUGUUGACAUUACAAUGUGAUGUCAACUGAACAGACAAUUUAAAAAGCAUUUAUUGAUAACUCAUUAAGCACACCCUCAGUGUUGGCUGGGUACCUGGAUUUCACUGUGAUCAUUUAGAUAUCAAAUAGAAAUACAAAGCAUUUAACUGCAGCAGUAGUACAAACCGGCAAAAUAAAACAGACAGUAUAAAGAAACAAAAAAAACAGAAAAUGUACCAUGUGUUGCCAAAAUGAGUCUGGAAGUGACUCCAGAACC